AUGAAGAAAAAAAGACAGUUUAUGAUUGAAGAAGCUUUUGUAGUAGCCAAAAUUUCAGGUCCCUGUGACAGACCCCGAGUGAUAGAUUCCCUUAGAGGGAAGGAGGUGGUGGAUAUAGCAGCCGGAGGGGCACACAGUGCCUGUAUCACAGCUAACGGGGAACUGUACACCUGGGGCAAGGGACGAUAUGGUCGCCUGGGGCAUGGGGACAGUGAAGAUCAGCCUCGCCCCAAACUGGUGGAGGCCCUGAAAUCCUACCGUGUAAUUGACGUGGCGUGUGGUAGUGGGGACGCCCAGACUCUGUGUAUCACUGACGAUGACAAUGUCUGGUCUUGGGGAGAUGGGGAUUAUGGGAAAUUGGGUCGUGGAGGAAGUGAUGGCUGUAAAGUGCCAAUGAAAAUCGAGACACUGAUGGGUCAGGGGGUCAUGAAGGUGGAGUGUGGUUCUCAGUUCUCUGUGGCACUCACUAAAAGUGGAGCUGUCUUCACAUGGGGUAAGGGAGACUACCAUCGUUUGGGUCAUGGAUCUGAUGACCACGUCAGGCGCCCCCGCCGAGUGUCAGCUCUCCAGUCUAAGAAGGUCAUUGACGUGGCCUGUGGUUCCCUCCACUGUGUGGCCUGCACUGAUACUGGUAACUAG